AUGAUGCACAGGAGGCUAAAAAUACAGGCAGCAUCAUUCACCAUGAUCGACAGGCAGCUAUACAAGCGAGGAUUUACCAUGCCAUACCUGAAGUGCUUGCGUCUAACUGAAGCUCAAGAGGUAUUACUGGAGAUACACUCGAAUAUUUGUGGCAAUCACCCAAGGACAACUAACUUUUCUUUCAAAGCUCAUCAGCAUGGGUACUACUGGCCCACGGUGAAGGACGCCAAAGAAUUGGGUCCUUGCCCAUGGCCAGGGGAAGCGGAAGUUUUCCUGGUGGCUAUUGAUUAUUUUACCAAAUGGGUAGAAGCAGAGCCUUUGGCCACUAUUACAACAACAAAGGAUCUCAAAACGAGAUUGGAGAAGGAAAAUGAGCUUUGGGCAAACGAACUACCUAAUGUGUUGUGGGCGUAUCACACGACCCCACGAGAUCCCACAGGAAAAACACAUUUCAAGCUAGCCUUUGGGGUGGAAGUUGUUGUCCUGGUGGAAGUCCUAAACGAGUUCGACAAGAUGAAAGCCAACCAGCUUGAUGUUUCUACCACCCAUGCAGAGCUUGACUUACUAGGUGGGAUGAGGGAAAGAACAGUUAUGAGGAUGAUGGCUUAUAAGUGGAGGGCCGCUAGGUACUUCAAUCGUAAGCCUGAAAAACUUGAAAGGAAAACCACUAGGCAGACCAUGGAACGCUGUAUACCUCAAGAGGUAUUACCAGUAAACAAACUAGCAGGAAAUUCGAGCAGCAUGAUGCCUGCCUGUAAAUAUAGUUGCUAG